AUGGACCCCUUUGGCCAGCCCGGGACCUCGGAUCUAGGUCCGACGCGAAACGGCGGUGCAGCCGUCCGCACGGACGCCGCCGACGCGACCACCGGGGACAACAUCGAAGGAACCAUCGUUCGGGAGAAGUACAUGGCCGGGGGGUACGCGGUCGUCGUGGUGCGGCUGAGCCGCGGGGAGAUCGUCUGUCGCGCGCGCGGCACCGCCGCGGCGGGGCUGGCGGUCGGGACGCGCGUGCGCAUGUGGGGCGAGCACUUCGAGCACGACCAGUACGGCGGGCAGUUCGAGGUCAAGCGCUGGGAGGAGCUUCCGUUCGAGUCUGGGUCCGACCUGCGGCGUUUCCUCAUCAACGCCGUUCCCGGCUGCGGCCCCAAGACGGCGGAGCGGAUCCUGGCGCACUUCGGCGACGCGCAGCUCGCGGAGGCGGCGCUCGACUUGCCGGAGAAGGAGGCCGAGAGGAAACUGCGCGGCGUGCCGGGCCUCGGACAGAAGCUAGCGGCGCGGCUGAAGAGGGGGUGGGAUAAGGCGCGUGGGGGCUCGCAGCGGCAGGCGCUGGAGCUCGGGCGGCGUCUGCGCGAUCUGGGCGCGGGGCCGGUGGACCGCGCGGGCGUGUUGGACCCGCUGGUGGCGCGGCACGGCAGCGCGGAGGGUGCGUUGGCGGCGCUGGAGAACUCGCCGGACGGGCCGUACCGGGAGCUCGCGGGGUGCGUGGCGCUCGGCGCGGGGCUGGGAGACCUGGACCGCGUGGCGGCGGCGGUCGGGGGCACCGCGGGGGACCCGGAGCGGGUCACGGCGGCGGUUGCGGCUGCGUUGUAUAAGGCGGGGCUGGAAGGGCGGCCGUGCUUGACGCUGGGGGAGGCUGGGGCUGCUGCAGCGGAGAUACUGCGCCGGCCGUGGCCUGGGGCGGGCGGGGGCGCGGAGGGGGGGGUGUUGUGGGGUGUGCCGGCGCAGAGGCUGACAGCGGUGGAGUGCCCUCUGGCGUGGGGGGCCGCGGCGGGCGUCAGAAGCGAGACGUCGCUCCUCGCGCUCGUGCACCGCGGAUCCCUGCGGGAAGUCGCGCCGGGGGACCUGCCGGCGCCGAUCGCGGGCGAGGGAGCGGACGGGAGUCGGGUGGUCAUAAAUCCCGGUGCGCGGGGGGCGAAUGAAUACGUCGUGUACCUGCGUGGCGUCCUGGACGCCGAGAGCGCCGUUGUGCGCGGCAUGGUGGCGCGCGCAGGCCGCAACGCACCGCCCGUGCGCCCUCAGCGGACCGUCGACGUCGCCGCGCACAUUCGGUCCUUCGAGAGCCGCCAGGGCGUGACGCUGACCGACGGACAGCGCAGGGCGGUCGAGCUCGCCGCGCACUCGCGCGUGCUGGCGAUUACGGGCGGGCCGGGCACCGGCAAGACGUUUGUCACGCGGUGUAUCGUGGAAUUGUGGGAUGCGCAAGGCAGGGACUUCAACUUGUGCGCGCCGACGGGCCGCGCGGCGCAGCGGCUGUCCGAGGUGACGGGGAAGCCCGCGGAGACCGUGCACCGCCUCCUGCGGCUCGGCGCGAUCCCCGUGGACGCGCAGACGGACCCAAACGCCGCGCAAGAGGGGGGGGGGGCUUCUGGCGGCGCUGACGCGGCGGAGGCCGGCUCGCACGCGGAGAGCGCGAGCGGGGACAGCUUGCUCGCGAUGCUGCAGCAGACGGCGUCCCACGCGGAGCUCGUGGGCACGGGGGGGGUAUUGGUUGACGAGUCGUCUAUGUUGCACUCGCAGCUGGCGGCGGUGCUUCUGCGGGCGCUCGACGCCGCCGCGGGGGGCGCGCCGCCGGUGCCGCUGGUGCUCGUGGGCGACCCGGACCAGCUGCCGCCCGUGCUGCCGCACCCCGUGCUGUCGGCGCUGCUUGCGGCUGACUCAGUGCCGCAGGUCCGACUCGACGAGGUGAAGCGGCGGGACGGGUGGAGCGCGAUCACGUCGGCGGCGGCGCGCGUGAACGAGGGCGCGCUGCCGUGUGCGGAGACGGCGGGCGCGCACGUCGUGCGGUGGGACGCGGGGGGGAGUGUGGCGGACAUCGAUGCGGCGCUCGUCAGCGCGCUGCAGGAGGGGGGGGAGUCCGAGGCGCGUCAGGAGUUCGUGUGGGUGCAGCCGCCGGCCGACGUCGACGCGGGCGCCACGCGCGACGCCGUCGUUGCCGCGGUCAGAGCCCUGACAGGCCCCGGGGGGUCUUUCCUGCCUGAUGACGUCAUGGUGCUCUCGCCGAUGCGCCGCGGCCCGCUCGGCGCCGGCGUCCUCAACGGCGCGCUCCAGCCGCACCUCCGCCUCGACUCCGGUCCCAACGGACACUCCCCCUCGCGGCAGAACACCCCCCCGGGGUGCUCCGCGCUGCCCGAGGUCGUCGCACGGACGCGCGGGGAGCCCGGGGCGUGGCGCGCGCUGCGGACGGGCGACCGCGUGAUGCAGCUGCGCAACCGCGCCGAGCAGAACGUCUACAACGGCGACAUCGGCGUCGUGACGGCCUGCUGGCAAGAAACCGCCGCGGAGUGGGAUGCGUCGCGACGCGUGCUUCGCGGGGCGCGCGUGCGCUUCUCGCGCAACCAGGAGAUCGAGUACAGCUCGCAGCCGUCGAGCCGGCAGCUGCCGAUCUCCGAGCUCGACGUGGCGUGGGCCAGCACAGUGCACAAAGCGCAGGGGGGGGAGUCGGGGGCGGUGGUGGUGGUGUUGUCGCCGGUGCACGGCGUGAUGUUGCACAGGAAGCUGCUGUACACGGCGGUGAGCCGGGCGAAGCGCGUGCUGGUGCUGGUGGCGUGCGAGGGGUCGGUGGCGACGGCGGUGACGGCGGCGACGCAGGCCGGCGCGGGCGCGAGCGCGGGCGGGGCCGUGGACCUGCUGCGGCGGCGCGUGCAGGACGCGAUGGGUGCGGGGGAGGAGUAG